AGAAAGUUGGAGAAGAAGAAGAAGAAUAUAACCACAACUACCCAAAUCAUCUCAGUAUCAACAAUGAGUUCCAUCGGUGUAUUUCUUGAGGAAGAAAUCGAUGGAAAACCAUUUCACAUAUACAAUUUCUUAUCUCAAACCUCUUCCUCCUCCUCUGGUGAAGCAGCCAAUAUUGACUCCGGUGGCGACAACGACAAUUGUCAUGUGGAGUCUGUCGUCGAAAGGUUGACAACAAUUGUGGCGCCUACUCUUGCAACAAGUGUGAUGACCAUUACUUUGUUCAUUCAAGAUGCGCUUUGCGUGGAGAUUUGUGGGAUGGGGAAGAGCUUGAGGGAGUACCUGAAUUAUGUCAAGCAUGCGUUCUCCCAAUCUAGGAAGGAUCAUUGUGACUUCAUCCUUCAUGAAGCAUGUGCAAGUUCUCCUCUCAAGAAACAUCAUCCUUUGCAUGCUCACUCACUUACGCUAGAGAUUGUUGCUAAUGGAUUCAAUAACACCAAAGGUCUCUUCUUUUGUAACGCUUGUCGGCGUUACAGUUGUGGUUUCGACUAUGAGGAUUUCGUUGGAAGUUUUUUCGGUUUUAGACUUGACCUAAGAUGUGCCUCGGUUUCUGAACCAUUUGAAUAUCAAGGCCAUGAGCAUCCUUUGUUCCUAGCUUUAAGUCCAGAAGAAGAAGAAAUGUCAAUUUGUCAAAUCUGCCAAGAAGACGGCGAUGGAGAUAACCAGUGCAAGAAACUAAAUUGCAUCGAAUGCGAUUAUAUUAUAUGUUUUAGGUGUGCUACGUUACCGUACAAGGCAAGUUAUAAACAUGAUAAACAUUUCCUCACGUUUACGAAAGUGAAAGAUGCAAAUGAUCAUGAAUCAGGAUGGUGUGAGGUAUGCGAAAGAACAAUAGUGUAUUCGCAAAAAGGAGGGUUCUAUGCGUGUGAUGAUGAAGGCUGUUGCACCACUGUCCAUGUUCAUUGUUUGCUUGGGAAAGAUCCGUAUAUGAAACCUGGCCAGACCAUAACGGUUAUUCAAGGGGAUGCUCUUGUUCUUCGUAACAAUACUAUGACUCGACCGUUUUGCCAUAAUCAUGGAGUUCGUUGUCAAGGGAAAGUAGUUUUCCAGUACUCCGAAAACAUUAAACUUUGUUCUAUGUCU